AUGGAGUAUCUCCUACAGGACGUGAUUGCUGCAUUGGCUGCUCAACAAAUGGCACAUUUGGUGUUCACCAAGAACCAGACGAAGUUCUUAGCUCGUUUUAUCAACGGAACCGUUGUUUUCGAAAUAACACGCGUUGAGCUCUCUGAGGAGUUAAUUAAACUGAUUGACUCGAAUAUCCAAUUCACGAUGAAAGGCGAAACAGACAGCCAACUCCCCUUCUUCAACGCCCUUGUGCACCUAUGUGCAGCUGGCAACUGUAAACAACAGUAUUUAGCAAACUCACUGCACAAGGCAAAUAUUACACUUCAACAGCGAUCACCGUGUCUCACAAAUACAGCUGUGUCCGAAGUCUAUUUCAAAGAGCUUGAACGCAUUGUGGUACGCCAGCUGGCGAAAGGGUUGAACGACUAUACCUCUGAAACCUCUUCAAAACCAACAGAUACCCAAACCCUUUUACCAAGGAAUCAGGCGUCUGGCGAACAGAGGACGACCCAAGAUGCAGCAGCCCAAAGUCUGGAGGCGUAG